UACGGUCUAUAAGGAGUUAAACAGCUAGAUUAUUCUGCCCUUACUUUGUAAUUUUAAUUUAUGUAUUUUUUUAUAAUCAUAACCAUAUUACAAUUAUGAUUUGGCGUUAAAUAUUGUUUAAAAAAGGACGUCUUAAGUUUGGAUGUUGAAAAGAUAUAUAUUGUUUAUUUUGGAACAAUUCCAACAUUAAUCAAUGUAUGUCCUAAGAUAUGUUACAUUGGAUUUCCAAAUUCUUUGAGCACAUGAAAAUUUGAUUUUGUAAGUUUGUAGGUUCCAAAUGGGAAAUACAUGUUGUAAGACUGCAGUUGGACUAAAGGCAGAAUGCUGUGUAAAUACACAUGGAACAGAUCCGUCUGCCAUAGGACGAAGGCUUCAUUCACAGUCUUCACAAACAGAGAAUCUGACCGAAGAAGAAUAUAGAAGAAUUGGAACCGAUGCAAAUUUAUUCGAGGGUAGAUAUGAUACGGGAGAACAUACUGCCAUUUUCAAAGACAAGAAUUGCAGGCUCAUUUUGUGUAAACCAGUUGAUGACUUUAUUCAAACCAAAGAUAUGAGAAUAAAAGACGAACUUGAAAGCAGUGGAUACUCGUCUGGCACUAAAGCUACACUUCCAGAAUCAAACAAUGACGGAAAUAACAGCGAUGGGUUAGAUCGAUCAACGAUAUUAUCAAAGGACGAAUACCCGCCAAACUUAAAUGAUGAUGGUGGUGGUCAUUUCUAUAUUUAUUCACAUGACGCAUCACAUAAACCAGCGAGAUCAUGCCGAGAUUAUCGUUUGCCAUAUAAUUCUGGUCUCACAUGUGAUGAAAAUGAUACUAUAUUGUCACAUUUCUCUUACCUGAAGUCAGAACUUGAUGUCGAAUAUCUGUUAGACUACUUUAUACAAGAAGAUGUUUUUACUGAAGCUCAGGAGGAGAAGAUCCGUAUCAUAAAAUACAGGCAAGAUCGAGCUGAUUUGUUCUUACGGACGCUUCUAAAGUCUAGAAAAACGUCAGCUUACAGUACUUUCUUAUCAUCACUCUGCCAAAUAGGAUUGAAACACAUUUGUGACGCCCUAAGUUCGGGAAUUCAGAGGCCUUUAUUUAUACCAGAUGAAAUAACAUCAACAGAGGUGGAAAUUUUAUUGAAACGACCGGAGGUGCUGGUUGAUUACAUCGAUUGCCCUGAAAAGAUUGCAGAGCAUUUCCUCAUACAUAAAGAAUUUACACUAAAUGACUAUGAAGAAAUUCUUGAUGAGGGUUCCAGGAAGUAUCGGACGAAAGUGUUACUUGCAAAAGUUGUAGAAGGUCAUAAAAGGCGAAGAUUUCAUUUAUUUAACUACGCUCUCUUAAUGGAAGGAUAUAACGUUUUAGAAGAUAUUCAACGUGUACAGGAUGAGACAGAAAGAAAACAUGCUGACGAUGAUUUAAUUGUUACUAGACUUGGUGAAAGUGGCAGCACUGAAAUAAACGUUUUAGAGGAGGAUGAAAUGUCUUUUACGUUAGAUUUCCCAAGAAAACGUAAGAAAGAAAAGCAUAUCAGGAGAAAAGCAAAAAGGUAUGACGUAAAACACUAUAUAAACGAAGACCUUAUACAUGAAACAGAAUGUUUGAUUUCUGACAUUGGCAAAGGCAGCAUCAUUAUUCGAAUAAAAGGCUGUAGAAAAGGUUCAAUAAAGCGUUUACUCAACAGUGGUACGAAAGAAGGUAUUUCAAAGUUAUUGAGCACCAUCUUUGCCAAUCCGGUCCUAGCAAAGGCACUGAGAGACAUAUCAACACAUAUUAAUGUCAAAGUAGAAAUAAAUGCACCACAGAAGACAGAAUGUACAGAAACGGCAGUAGAUCCAAAAGCUAUUAUUGUAUCAAAUUCAGAAUUUCUUAUAGAAGAGUUAGAUGCCAUUGGAUUUAUUAAAAUGGAUAUCUUUACAACUAGAGAAGCAGAAUUGAUGUGGGAGGCUAGGAGUGUUUCUCGUACAGAUUGCAUGAAAGAAAUGAUUUCAUUCCUGAUAAAAAAGCCAGAAUCCGGACAAAGAACAUUCCUCAAUGAGCUUAAGAAAAGAAAACCAUUUAUAUGGAAAUGCAUUGGUCCAGUAGAAUCAGCACCUUCAUUUGAUGAUGAUGUUUUAACGACGUGUUACGAUCAAUUUGUUGAUGAAAUGUCUCCAUCAUUAGUGUUUGACAAGUGCUAUAAGAAAGGUCUUAUUGGUAAAAGUGUGAUCGGUAUUAAAUACCGCAGACAAUUUGCACAAUGGAUAAUGCAACAAAUUCUCUUACAAGACUACACUAAACGAAACUUGUUUCUACAGGUUCUCAUCGCAACUAAUCAAAUACCACAACAUGUUCAUAUUCAAAAUAAAGAACCUAGGAUUACAAGUCUCAUUCCUGUAAAUGUAACAGAGACAAAAGUUAUUUUUGAGGGAUUGUAUUGCCGAACGACACCAAAACAAAAGACAGGUAUGGGAAAUAAAGCCGACGUUGAUGUGAGCGAUAAAGAAAGUGGCUACAGCUCCUUGUCUUUUAGAAAUCGGUUAAAAUCAACUUACGAAAGGAUUGAAGAAACGGAAAGCGAGAUACAUGUAGACGAAAAUGAUUUACCAAGAGAUGUUCCUUUUUAAGUGAUAAAAAUCAAACAAAACAAUAACAUUCUUGCAUCGAAAUAAGUCAGCUUCAUAGAAACAAUUUAUAUAAGAUCA